UUUCAGUUUUGAACUGACGACGUAAAGAGCAAAACGCAGAGCUCCGUGUAUUAUUCCUAGCUGAAUGCAUUUAAAUUCAAUGCAUAUAUAAACUGGUUCUAUACCUUGACUUGGUAUUAAGAGUGUAAAAAAGAAACAAGAAAGAAAAACAAUUCGCGUUAUUUGACAAAGAACGUAAAGCGCUUACGUGAAUAACAAGAGUUCAUUGCACGUUACAAAGAACAUACAUAUAGACUGCCCACAACAAAAAGCAAAGGCAAAGUGAAACGACCUCGCAUAACGUACGCGCGCAAAAAGCAACAAAACAUAAUAAAAACAGCAAAAAUCAAACCCACAUAAAUACUGUGUGCAACCCACUUACACAGCGAGACACAUUUAAAAUAAACAACUACAACUAUGGAUGUUUGGGGUGUAUUUGUUGGCGACUCUACGCUAUCAUAUGGUGGCUCUGUGCGCAGCGGCUAUUACCGUGAUUACGAGCAGUUCCCGUAUGGCACACUGGAGCACUCAAAUACCGCCAGUCCGUAUCCGGCCAAGGAUUCAUACAGUCGAGUGCAAGAAAAAUGUAAGCAACUGAAAUCGGAGAAGCAACUGCGCAAGGACUGUCCCUUCUGCAAAGAGCACAAGAAACGGCCGCUAAUCAAUUACAUGCGCAAACGUGAGUCACGCAAGCAUCACGAGAGUAUCUGCGAGGAUGAAGAGGAGAUGCAUGAGCACGAGCACGAGCACGAGGUGCAGCAUCAGAUGCCAUCACUAUCGACCGUUGUGCCCACGCAACAAAGCUGCAAAGUGUAAACACACAACCAUAACACUCACACAAGCGCUUCCCUAAGCAGACAAUUUAGGACAGGAGAGACAGACAGGUGGCAAAAUCAAUGCCAAAAUAAUCACAGCAACAACAACAACAACAGCAAUUCACAAUGCCAUAUAAAUUUAGUCAAAGACAAAGACAAACAAAAAUUAAACAAAGGAAAAAAAUAAGGAAUGAGAACUAGGAGAAAAAAACAUUGCAAAGAUGCUGCGCGCCUGCUGGGCAUACAUAAUUAACUAGUAGGAGCGAGCGCGAGAGCGAGAUAACAACAGUAACUACAAUAAUCCAAUGCAACUGUACCUACACAUAAAAUGGUUGCGUGCAUUUCCGCCUAUGACGUCACACUACCAUUUACAACUAAACAAAGAAAAAACAAAAGCAACAAGACCUUUUUUGUUGCUGUAAACUUGAUACCAAUUUACAAUACCGUUGUUUACAAUUUCUUUUCGUACAACACGUUACCGUUUUUUAUACACGUAUAAAAAAAACGUAGCGCAAUUUGUUAAUUGACUUACAAUCCAAACCAGCCGCCCCGCUUGGCUACUAAAAUGACCUUAGGCAAACAGCAUAGCUAAAUUAUAAAUGUACAAGAAAAAUAAGACAGCAAAUGCAAACAAAAACAAAACAAAAAC